UCUUCGUUCUUCUUUACCGUCCGGCCGAGAAAAGCCUAAUCACAUCUUUCUUCUCUAUUCCUCUUUUUAAACAUGAGAUCUCUUUCUUCUCAUCUCCAUUGAUCUCUGUGUUUCAAAUCUCACCAUCAUCAUCAUCUUCUUCUUCUUGUGAUUUGUUCUUUGGGAGGGAGAGGGGUUUCCAAUUCUAAGGCCGGUUCUUGAGAUGGAGGAGAACACGGCGGCGGCGGCCGAGAGACGAUCGGGUUGUGGUUUAUUGAGUGUAAUGUUUGGUAGACGUGGCUUGUGGACCAAGAAAUCUACUGCAGCCGAUAACGGUAGCCAGAAAAGCACAUCUACGGCUGCAACCGCCACAAGCAACAUUCAAUUCACUAAAUCUUCUGGCACCGAGUUGAAGAAGCCUCGCGAUGAUCAGAAGGUUUCCGCAGAGCCAGUCCAGAAUAACAAGAUCCAGAACCGACAAAAUCAGAACCAGAGAUCCGUGGUUCCGUCAAAACCCUCGUCAAAUCAAUACCCUAAUAAUCAUCAAUUAGGGAGCUACGAGAGUCAACAACGAAGUAGUUAUAACAACAAUAGUAAUAGCGUUGAUCCAUAUCGAGGAGGGGGACAGAGGAAAGUGCCAAGAGAAGCCAUUGGUUUAUCGGGUGAGCUUGAGAGCAUGAUCACCGAUCAUCAGAAAGCAAGAGGAGCCAAUGGAUUGGUUCGUGCAUCUUCUAGCAAUGUAAUGUUAUUUGGAAAUCUUGGCAAUUUGAAUCAGACAGGACCAGUUACGGCGGGUGUAAAUUACGGUAAUAACAAUGGAUAUGGCGUCAAGAGGACUACGAUGGCUGCGGCAUCGGUGACUACAACAAAAAGUCAAGAUCAAUCAGGAUCUUUGUGUAGAGCAAUCUCAACAAGAAUGGAUCCAGAAACGUUGAAGAUCAUGGGGAAUGAGGAUUACAAGAACGGUAAUUUCGCAGAGGCGUUAGCAUUGUAUGAUGCAGCCAUUGCGAUUGAUCCCAACAAAGCUGCUUACCGUAGCAACAAGAGCGCAGCUUUGACAGCACUCGGGAGAAUCCUUGAUGCGGUUUUCGAAUGCAGAGAAGCAAUCAGAAUUGAGCCUCAUUACCAUAGAGCACAUCAUCGGCUGGGUAACUUGUACCUCAGGUUAGGAGAGGUGGAGAAAUCAAUAUAUCAUUUCAAGCAUUCGGGUCCAGAGGCUGACCCUGAAGACAUUGCAAAGGCGAAAACCGUACAGACCCAUCUCAACAAGUGCACAGAAGCUAAGAGAUUACGAGAUUGGAAUGGUUUGAUUACAACAACAACAAACACAAUCUCUUCAGGAGCUGAUGCAGCACCACAAGUAUAUGCAUUGCAAGCAGAGGCUUUGUUGAAGACGCAUAGACAUCAAGAAGCCGAUGAAGCUUUGUCUAGAUGUCCUAUUUUUGAUGUGGACACCAGUACUAGGUACUAUGGACCCAUUGGUUAUGCUGGUUUCUUGGUCGUCCGUGCUCAGGUUCAUUUAGCCUCUGGCAGGUUCGACGAGGCGGUGGAGGCGAUUCAACGCGCCGGCAAGCUGGACGGGAACAACCGAGAGGUGAUCAUGGUUUCACGGAGGGCACAGGCGGUGACGGAAGCUAGGUUCAGAGGAAACGAGCUGUUUAAAGCCGGGCGGUUCGAAGAGGCUUGCGCCGCCUACGGCGAAGGAUUAGACCACGAUCCACGAAACUCCGUUUUGCUCUGCAACCGCGCGGCUUGCCGGUCAAAAUUGGGUCAAUUCGAUAAAUCUGUUGAGGAUUGCACGGCGGCUCUAUCCGUACGUCCGGGAUACGGCAAGGCUCGGCUCAGAAGAGCCGAUUGUAACUCGAAGAUCGGGAAGUGGGAAUUGGCGGUGGGAGAUUAUGAGAUAUUGAGAAAAGAGACGCCGGAGGAUGAGCAAGUUACUAGAGGACUAUCAGAGGCUCAACAACAACUCAUGAAACGCCGUGGACAAGACUCUUGAGAAUUUUCCGGUGAUUUUUUAUAUGCAGGACUGAGAAAAACACGGCCGGAAUAUUCUUCGUUCGAUUUUAUAUUUUUUGGGCCGGCGAGCGACAACUAAAUGACAAAAUUGUGUGAAUUAUUUAAUUUCAUAUUUUUGGGCUUGGAUGAUCAAAACUGUUUGUAUAGGAAUGAGAUUGUGGGGAUACUGUAUUUAGCUUUACAAAAGAAACAAAAAUUUGUCCAUGGUAACUAUAAAAAAAUUUCAAAUCAAAAAAG